ACGGCAAGGGCGUGAUGAGCUGGUCGCUGUGCCUGCUGCUGAAACAUUUCAUUUCUUCGUGAACACAGGAACGUUUCGCAGCGGAUAUUAAUUGAAGAUGAAGAAAGGCGAGUACUGGGUCACGAAGCCUUACUGCUACUGUCAUGGAGCGGCGCUAUUUGCAGUCAAUGGACUUCGCCACGUGCCACACGCCCACGGAAUGGGCCUCGUACCCUUGGCUGGCUUGUCACGUGACGAGACCGCAAUCCUGGCAGCCUUCCUCCUGGCUCUCGCCUUCUUCCUCUUCCUCAUGUUCUUCAUCUUCUGUCUGCUCUGCCCCUGGUGGAGGAAGGGCGUGUGUUGCGGCUCCAAGCAUGGUGCCGGUGGCUUGAAGAAAUCGGAACAUUUAACGGAGGUCGACUACAAACUUCCUCGGGCAUGGUUGGACACAUUCAAAGGCAUCCCGGAGGACCAGCUUGACGCCAAGAUCAAGGAACUGGAGACAACGGGCUGGGCCGGGAUGUCCUCGGCUGGAUACGGCGCAGGAGCAGGAGGACUUGGCUCCGGAGGACUUGGCUCCGGAGGACUUGGCUCUGGCGGAGAAGGGCUUGCCUCAGGCUCAGGCAUAGGCUACGGUGGGGGGUACUACAAGAUCUCGUCAGCCGAGGGGCACACCGGGAGUAGGAUGCGGGGAGGAGGGGUCAGCGGCAGCAGCGGUGUGGAAGAUGCAACAGGUGACUUCUUCUUCCAUGGAGAUGCGAUGUCCAGGAGCGCCAAUCGUGACAUGGGAGGGGAUUCGGGCUUCGGCAGCGGGGGCUCAAAGGUCAUAACCUCUGUGGUUCAAAACAGCAGUUCUCAUGAUAGAUCUGGCGGAUAUAGUCAUGGAGGGGAGACAACCUCCUCCACCCUGGUCCGGAGAAAACACGACGAGUCGUCUGCCCUUGUUAGUGGUGGAACUAUCCGUAGAGUCGCCCUUGAUACCGGAAGCUUGGGGAAACUGAAGAAGGUUCAAGUUGUGAAGGAAACAAACCAAAGAACGACAACGACAUUUGACAAAGCCGGUAACAAGAACACAACAAAGUCGACAACAACAACGUAUAACACUUCCGGUGGGCUAGGGUCAAGGUUACUUGACAUGAUCCAAGGGAUAACGGGUUUUGGAGCGGCAUCCGGUACCAGACAGCUCUCAAUCAAGGGGAGACAAUCAGCGGCAGGUGGCACGCACAGUCAACAAUUAUCAAGUGGUACAUUUGGACGCCAGGCAAUUUCCGGCGGAACAGAAAGAUUUAUGUCAAAUCUCGCAGAGGAAAGUCAAAUCUCGUCGAACAUGAUGGAGGGCAGAAAUCUCUCCAUUCGAGGAACAAAGGGGAGACAAUUCUUGGCAACUGGUGGACAGGGAGCUUCCGGAUCCGGUUCAACUCGCAGGAUUAUCAUCAAAACCACAGGUGGGGGCGGGGGUAUGAAUAUAAUGUCGAAUUCAGGAGGACUGGGCUCUUUGUUGUCGAGUUCUGGAGGAGGUGGUACGAAUAUGAUGUCCAGUUCUGGAGGCGUUUCGAACACAAUGUCGAGUUCUGAGGUCCUAAGUUCAAUGAGGUCGAAUUCCGGUGGGUCCGGCUUGAUAACAAGUGCUGGAGGAGGCAAUACGAUGGCUAGGGGAGGAGCUGUGAUGUCGAGUUCUGGAGGGGGAGGAGCUAUGAUGACAAGUUCUGGAGGGGGAGGAGCUAUGAUGACAAGUUCUGGAGGGGGCGGGACCAUGUCGAUGAUGUCAAGUUCAAGGGGAGGAGGGGGCGUUGCUACAGUGUCUACAGGGAUGCUCGGGGGAGGAAUGUCUGGCGGAACCGGGGACUAUCUGUUCCAGAGAGAAAUACAGAGGGAAUUCAAUAUCACCAACCCACAGAACUUCAUGAAGCUGUACAACGCCUACAGGAGAUACCUCACAGAGAGCAGCGGGCUGGCCAGGGCGUGAGAUCACGUGCCCACCACCAGCCCGGCACAAGACGUCACUCUUAUUUAUGUUGUGUUCAUCUUAACAAUUUCUAAUUGGAAGUACAUGUCAAUUAUACACUGCUAAAUGGCCUUCAUAAGUCCUGUUUCUUCCCAUUAACAAAUCAGGUAUCAAUCUAUUCAUACGUGUAGCGUGAGCAGGGUCUGCCUAGAUGGCAGUCCCAGAUGCGUUGAUUCAAGAAAGUCAGUACGUGUGCUGUGUGACAGUAAUUUUUGUGUGUGUACCAAUCUAUCGUUGGUCAUUGAUUACACAGAGACAACUGUAUUGCUUUCGUUAUAAGGUGUCAAAAGUCAGGGGUUAAUGCGUCGAUUCAUCACACUUACACAUUCAUUUUCCUUAUAAAUGACUAUUCUCGCUUCGUUGUUACCGCCUAUUCUCGCUUCGUUAUAAAUGACCAUUCUCGCUUCGUUGUUACCGCCUAUUCUCGCUUCGUUAUAAAAGACUAUUCUCGCUUCGUUAUAAGUGACUAUUCGCUUCACUGUAACUGGCUAUCCUAUUCAUCAUUACUGUAUAUCAUUAUAAGUGACUAUUCACCACGUCAUGAUAGUGUACAACUCUUUACAUAGAGGGGCGGUCGGGUAGCCUAGUGGUUAAAGCGUUCGCUCGUCACGCCAAAGACCCGGGUCCGAUUCCCGACAUGGGUACAAUGUGUGAAGUCCACUCCUUUCACCUCCCACAAGGCAAAAUUCAGUUUAUACUUUAUAAAGUUAUCUUCUUAUCAUUAUGAAACCAUGGUAACGAUAUGUACAUUUUUUUAUUAUUUCCGAAAGGCUGUGUUACAUGUUAGAGAUGUUUAGAAGCAUAUCUUUCGGGAUAACAGAUUCAUUCGUGAGAUUCGAUAAAUCCCACUUCCCCAGUCGUGUUGCUCUACACAAGGUAGGUAACUCUGCGAUGCCUAUGACAAGUUUCGCACUUGGCGGUGACAGCAUGCGGGAGUUUGGUAACCAUUUUCUCUUCUGUCAGUUCUGGGCCAAAAUAUUUUUCGAGUGUCUGUUCAAAGGCCAAACCAUAUCGUUGUCACACAUACAGGCAAAUAAAAUGUUUCAU